UCCCCGGGGCAGGGUGCUGGGAGUCCGUGGGUGCAAGAUGCCAUGGUCAGAGGGGUGACUGGGUGUAGGGUGCCAGGGCCUAGGGGGUCCCUGGGGCUAGGUGCAAGGUGCUCAGGGUUUGAGGCUACCCCAGGGGCAUAUCCCACAGCCUCCGCAGCGUCUAGGCCUGCUCUGGACUCUGGGGCCCGCAUGGCUGCUGUGCUGGGCCCCGUCCUGCCCGAGUCUCCACAGGUCUCCGAGCUUGGUCUCGAGGGUGACGUCCUGCCUGUCCCUGGGGACCACCCAGCCUCCAGAAACCGCUUCCUCUACGUGCGUGGGGCUCUACACAAGCUGCCCUCUGGCCUCGGAGGACUGCUCCGGCCAGUGCCACCCUUCUCACGGGCCCUGUUCUGGAGCGGCCUGCGGGACCUACUGGCACCCGCCAGCACCCAGCCUGAUGAGACAGUGCAUGCCUUUGUCUGCCGGUGCUUCGGCGCAGAGGUGGCUGACAUUGCUGUGGACAGCUUGUGCAGGGAGGUGUUUGCUGGGGACUGCCGGGCGCUGAGCGUGCGCUCCUGCUUCCCCCCGCUCUUCGAGGCCGAGCAGCGCCGGCGCUCCGUCCUCCUGGGGCUGGUGCUGGGCCGAGGGAAGAACCCUGGGGCCGAGUCGCCGCUGAGCCAGCGGGCACGGGCUGAGAGCUGGAGCCAGUGGUCCCUGGGCCCCCGCCAGCGGGGCCCUGGCAGCGGCUGGCAGCUGGCCCUGGCAGAUGGCACUGUGACAGCUGACCACGUGGUGAGCGCCAUCCCGGCUGGAGCCCUGGCUGAGGUGCUCCCCGCCGAAGCUGAGCCGCUGGCCCAGGAGCUGCGGCGCAUCCCUGCUGUGGCGGUGGCUGUGGUGAACCUGCAGUACGAGGGUGCCAAGCUGCCCGUCACGGGCUUUGGGCACCUGGUGCCCUCAUCAGAGGACAGCUCCCUGCUGGGCAUCAUUUACGACUCAGUGGCUUUCCCAGAGCACAACCGCUCGGGUGCCGCCUCCCUGCGGCUGACGGUGAUGCUGGGAGGCGCCUGGUUCACGCAGAGCUUCGGGGAGCCUGCGGCUGUGGCGCCGGCCCUGCUGCUGCACCGGGCCCAGGAUGCUGUCCGGGCACACUUGGGCCUCGAGAUGGCUCCAUCCCGCUCCAUCAUCAAGGUGCACAAGGCCUGCAUCCCCCAGUACACACUAGGCCACUGGCGCCGCACAGAGAGCAUUGGCCAGUACCUGGCGGAACAGGGGCUGCCCCUCAGCCUCAUCGGGGCAUCCUACAACGGCGUCUCCGUCAAUGACUGCAUUGCCAGUGCCAAGACAGCUGUAAGCCGGCUCCUGGGGCAGCUGUGCUGAGCCACAAUCGGCCUCCCUGCAGCACCUGGCUGGGACACCC